AUGAUGAAGAGCGUCAUAGUCAUCGCAGCUCUCCUAUGCCUCGUCUCUCUCCCAAAUCCAACCUUCGGAUUACACAAACCAUGGCCUAAGCCGUCCGAUCUAGCCAACCACAAUGGCAACUUCGGUGACUCUAAGGUCGGUUGGGCUUGCUCCUCCUCCUCCCCAGACCCCAACGCUCCUCCUUCACCACCUGGCUCGUUCCCUAACAUCCCAAGCAUCCCGGGAAUCCCACAGAUUCCGACCAUACCGAUUCCGGGAAUUCCACAAAUCCCAAUACCAAACUUCCCCGGAAUUCCACAAAUCCCGGGCAUACCACACUUUCCGGGUUUUCCUAAUUUUCCCGGACCGAUUGGUCCGUUCCAGUCUGUUCUGGUGACUCAAUCUGGUGAGUUAGAGAAGUGUUUGACCGGAGAUAAGUCUAAAGUAGAAGAGAAAUGUUUCUCGCAGAUAUUUACGAGUUGGGCAGAGAACGAUUUCGCUUUGGACAAAGAGUGUUGUGAGAUCGUUGUGAACAUGGACAAGAAGUGUCACAAGCAUCUUCACAAGAUCUUUAAGAGCCCUUUCUUUGCUCCUCUACUCCAAUACUCUUGUCACAUCAAGCACGCCAAGAAGAACUAA